AUGACUUCAACUCACCAGGUGUCUACCAGCACUACCGCAACUGUGGUUCCCCUACCGAGCAGAGAUGCUAUGUCUGGCAGUUCGGUCAAUAAAACACUACCAGUGUGGUCACUGGAGUCUAACGGAACCUUAACUCCACCACUCACCGAAAAAUGCGAUAGACUUAGUCGCCAGGAUGGUAUUUGUUGCAAGGAACUCAAGGACGAAGACGAUAGAAUUCUGAUAGAUCCUGAUGUUAUCCGCGACAUCAUUAUUGGAUUGUCGGAUGGCCUGACUGUUCCCUUCGCGCUGACAGCUGGUCUGUCUGGCUUAGGGACUUCAAGAAUAGUCGUUGUCGGUGGCCUUGCAGAACUCAUUGCUGGUGCCAUAUCAAUGGGAAUAGGUGGCUUCCUUGCAUCCCAGGCUGAGCGGGAUCAUUAUCGGUUCUUGCAACGUCAUACCUACUCACGGGUGAUGCGGAGUUGUAUGGGGGAAAUGGAGAGAGAGGUAUACGCCGUUUUGAGUCCCGUCGGUGUCGAUGAAUCGACCUCCCAUGCUGUUGCGAAUUGCCUGCGGAAAAUAGAAGAUGAGCGCGGUGUUGACGGAGGUAAAACUGCACCUGCCGAUGAGGAGAAACUAUCGCGGGGGAUGAAGAGCGACUCUGGGCUAACGCCUUUCUUACUGAAAUUUGGAGAGGGGAUGGAGGAAGUUCCGACUCGCCGACUGUACAUCUCCGCGUUCACUAUCGGCAUGGGAUACCUCCUUGGUGGUAUCAUCCCCCUUCUCCCAUAUUUCUUCAUUCCUCGAGCAAUUGAAGCACUGAAAUAUUCUUGCAUAAUUACUGGGAUAGUUCUCCUCAUAUUUGGUGCCGUCAAAGGUCGAGUCACGGGAGUAGCGAAAAGUAUCUGGGGGUACAUUUGGGGAGCGGUCAGUACGAUGGCUGUUGGCGGAUUUGCUGCCGCUGCAGCCUACGGUCCUCCUCCUCCAUACCAGCAACAUGCUCCAACACAAGCAUUCCGUCCUAACUAUCCUCACUCCAUUGCGCAAGGACACACAUAUAACGGUCACUCCCAUGGCUAUAAUUGUCAUAGAAAUUACGGACAUGGACAUGUACACCAGCCCUCGAUCAUGGUACCUACCCGCCCUGUGUCUCAGAUCGUCAUUCAUUCUAGGUACAAUGAAACCGAUCAUCUCCUUCCGAGAAGAAGGCAUAGAAACGAUGGCCCAGGAUGUUGCUGCUUCACAAUUAUUGGAGCUAUAUUCAUUGUUGUGGUGUUUUAUAUCAUCCAAUUCGUCUCGUCUAUGCCCAUCGAUGAAGUAACUUGGACCAAUCUCGAAUCUCAUUCCUGUACCACUUAUGCAACAAGGGAGUACGUAGCAGAACUCAACGUCUCACCUUGGAACCCCCAGAGGACGAAAAUCUAUGCGAAUAUGUUGCGCUCAAGCACGGUGAUCGGACAUUUCGCUAUCGACCAUGACGAACUAGACUGUGUCACCUACUGGAGUGGAUAUAGGAAUUGGGGAUGUACCGCUAAAGGCUCGAAGAAGAGGCACAUUGAGCAACAUCUCAUGAACGUGCCGGCCAACGCAGACUAUAAGGAAUUUUGUGCGACAACGCCUGCUCGUUUCCUAGACCGGGAAUUCUCUGGUGCAGACUCGUGCGUAAAUAGUAUCUGGGGUGUCUAUGGGCAAUGGUUCAUCUACGACCCUAGUUGUUGA